AUGUUGCGGAUAUUUUUAUUUUUGUCGAUUAUUCACGUAUCGAAUGCCUUGUUCUGCUAUAAUGACACCAUGCAGGUGAUUAUUUUUUUAUUAUAUUUUUUUUCAAAUUCAGAAUUUUAUUAAUUGAAAAUUGAAAUCCAAAGGCCAUAUGGUUAUAGUCUGUUCAGAUUUUCAAUGUCAAGUCGUCGCUCAAGCUCCGCCCCUAAUUGUGAUUAAAUAAACCAAUCAGAGAGCGAGCCAUCCACAUAUUGUUUUUGAAUGACGUCAUUGCACUUGACAUUCAAAAUCUGAACGGACUAUAGAUUUCAAAACGAAAAUUUUCAAGUAAAUCAGGAUGAAUGAAAAAAAAUUGAAUGUCCGAAAAAAGUUUUUGUCCGUGGAGCGAACUUGUUCUGACAAGUGUUUUCACGCUUUUUUCGACUUUUAGAUGACCUUUUUCUUGAUUUUUUUUUUUGAUAAAUCUUCUGUACGGUUUCAGAGAAUCCAAUGCGACCCAGCUUCUUUGUUUUGUAUCAAAUUCACCACUGGAAACGUCGUAACGAGAGGAUGUUCAGGCGUUACGUUGUGCUAUGAUGAAGAUCCAUGGUAAAAUUAAUUUCAUUUAAUUUUUCUGUCACUUUUAAAGUUUUGAAGAUACCGAAUUUCUGAAAAGGAGCCAUUAUUUGAAAAUUUCGUGGUCGCACUUGGAAUGGCUCAAAAACUUGCGGGGAAAAAACUCGAAUUUUCACUAAUGAGAUCAUUUUUCCCUGCCAUUUUUCAAUGAUGGCUCUCUUGAGUGGCUAAAUCCAAGGGAUCACUUGAGGGAAACCUUCUUGAGGUGGCAAAAAAAGCCUUCGAAUUUCAAAAGCGCUUUUUUUAAAAAGAACAUAUUUUAACUGUUUUUUUUAAAAACUUUUACUUUUGAAGCGAAAUUCUCGGCUCAUCCCUCAAACGAUCACUCCAAUUUUUCAGUGAUUUUUAAUAAAAUUUUUAACCUACCGAUUCCUUUAAUUGAGUUUUUUCAAGUUGUAACACUCUAUUUGAUCUCAGUUUUGAAUAUUUUCCAGGUGCUACCCGAUAAAUCGAACCGGCGGAAUCGAAUCCCAAUAUUGCUGCUGCGAUCAGGAUAUGUGUAAUCUUUCUCUUUAUUACCAGCCUAUUUCUCUUCUCAUUUUCAUAGUAUCUAUCAUAUUUCUUGGAAUUUUGCAAUAG